UUCUUGCCAGCUGGGUUUGUUUUGGUCAUGCUGGUGAGGGUUGUGGAAGGAAGAGGCUCUGGAUACAUCGGUUGUUAUCCGGUGGGACAUCAUGUCCAAUCUGUUUUCAACCCCCAACCAUACAACACGACGACAGUCGACGAAUGCUUGCUGUUUUGCAGAUACGAUUUUGAAAAAUAUGCCUCCAUUUUGGGGAAUUUGUGCUUUUGCAGCAACAGCAUUCCCGAUGACAACGGGACAAUCGAAAAGGCUAAAAACGACUGGUGCGAUAAGAAAUGCUCGGGCAACUCUGCUCAGAAAUGUGGUGGGAGGACGCACUACUCAGUGUUUAACACAACAGUUGGCAUCUGUCCGCCGUUGAUGCCGCCGUUAAAUGGUGGGGUGAGCCGAGUUCUCUUUCGAGAAGGACAACGGGUCAAUUUUAGCUGUCGACCUGGCUAUUCCCUGAUCGGAAAUGAUGCCAUAGAGUGUUUAAGUUCGCAAGGGGAGACUGGAAAACCUAUCUGGAGUGGAGAUACACCAAUAUGUGAAGCAUCAGGAGCAUGGUCACUGGAAUGGGUUCGGUUGCUGAUUGUUGUAGUUAUUUCAAUAGUUGGGACUUUCUUAAUCAUUCUGAUUUUUUUUUCGUUGAGGGCGCGUCGUUGUUGUCCAAAGAAAUCACGCACUCGUACUUUAACCACGAGAGAAGACUUUUCCAUGCCUGAUUGUGCCAUGGCCAAUACGUUCGAUUCAGAGCACAGUCCUGGGAUCCUUACCCGAAGUUACAGAAGUUUCUCAUUCGAGAAUAGCUCAGAUGUCAACUGGGAAGAUGAUCAGGAGAAAGAUGACGCUAAUGAUGCAGUCACGACCAUGACUACGAGCAUGGGAACGGCGGUAAAAUCACGAUUAAAGGCCCUUGGGAAAGACGAUCAGGGAAACAAAACACAACCAAGCGCUGACAAUAGUGGCCCAGGAUCUUCUCAGAAAAAAGGGGGCACCAACAGGAUAAACUCUUUUGCGGAUAUCUUAAGGCCAUCAUUUCCUGGAACAGCAAAACAAGGAACUGAAAUAGCUUCUAGCUGCACCUCCACCAAACCACCCAAUGUCCCCCAAAAGCCCUCUAAACUCGAAAAAGCUUCAAGGCCGAAUGUCGAGUAUACUUCUAUCAAACCUCGCUGCAAAUCUGCUUAUAUUCCAAAUACUCAAAAAUUGAAAAGCAAAUCCGUACACCAAGAGACCAGGAAGAAUGAAGAUGUUAGCCAGGACGAUGACAGACGACGUAACCCUGCCCAUAAUCAACACGAUCGAAAGUCAGACAUGUAUUGCAAUACAGCUGAAAUAGCUAGUAGAUGGCGCGUCAAGCAAAGCCUUCAAUUAGAUCAAGAUGGAGAUAUGGAAGGAACAGGAUCUGAAAACGUAAGGUCAAGACCAGCCGUAAUGCCGCGACCAAAACUCCCCAAAUCUAGGUAUCGCGAAUGUUUCUCAAUGCAAGAGCUAGAUUGAACUUUGUGACAUCGUAAUAUUAUCACUUUUCUUGUGAUUAGAAUGUUUAAAUACUGUCCCUUUUAGAAACAUACUGGUUUAAAAAAAAAUUCUACCUUGGGUAAUUAAACUGACCCAAUACGCCCAGCAUGGAAUGGUUUCAUCACGGCAGAAUGUCUCUUGAAUCUACUUCCGGGGACACAUAGCGGAUACUGGAAAAACGUUUUAGGAUGUUUUUAACUAGAAAUGAUAUCGUGCGAACAUGGUUGGGCAGCAUGAUGAUUCAUUUACAGUAUCAGAUACUCGAAGAGAACAUUGAGACCCCUGUCUUCUGAUUACUUAUUGAUAAGAAAUAAAAACAUUGGCAUAGAAAGAUAUGUCGCGGUGGGAUAGGUCACCCGGUCCAUAUGCUGGCUCCACAUUCAUGGCAACAGCCUCGACAAACUACUUGAACCAGAAUACAGACUGAUACUUACAUGAAAAUGAUGUGUAUAAUAUACACAUUAUUUUCAUUUUAGUAAUCAUUUGCUAUACUACAGGAACAUGAUUACUAUUUCGAUCUACAAUAUGUGUGUAUAUUCUCUUUGCACGUUACUCACUUAAAAGUAAAAGCACGCAGAGAAUGAUGUACAUAGCAUGACAGUUAUCAGUUACCGUAAAACGUAAUCACAUAUUUAUAUAUUCUGCGUUACACUGUUACAUUUUUCAAGAAAUAUUACACAUUUGGCGUGUAAUGUCUGCGAAGAA